AUGUCCUCGGCGAGCACUUAUGAGUAUAGCAUAGCGAAGAAGGCAACGGCCGUCAGCUCCGUCGCCUUGCGUUUGUGUGCUUUCGUCUUCCUGAGAUGGCAAUUUCCGGCAUUGAUCUAUACCGCCUUCGCCGCCUACUUCCCGACAUUCUUGUAUACCUUCACCCACACGAGUCCAUGGAAAGUAAUCGCGGACAAUAUCUACGUGACCGAGAGAGCAGUGAGCCCCGAGCCGGUGCAGGAUGAGGAUGGGAAUGUGGUUGUUGCAGACCGAGAACUGGUCGUGGAAGAGGAAGUCGAUGUGGUGGAGAAGGAGCCCAAGAUCCUGAAGACACUUCUCACAGGAUUGCCAAGCCCAUCAAGCACAUUGUUGAGCCUGAUCACGUUCCUCGUCAACGUCGCACUUGUUCUGUGCACACUGCAUUUGGUGCACGGUGCAACCUACUUCCACCCAGCUCACGACCUCUCUUUUGCGCGGACUGGCUAUGUGUCCGACACAGCAGCCACCGUCUUGUUCAGGGAACCCAAUGCAGCCCUCUAUCCAGUCAAUGCCUCGUACCGUUACGCCGAUGCGCCUCUGAAUGUCCAGGAAUCGGAUAUAGCCUGGAGAUUUGCAGGACAGAUCAACUGGCUUGACGAGCGGACCGACUUUACAGACACUUUCUCGCUCCAGGGCCUGAGGCCGGAUACCCGGUAUCAGUGGGCACUGAGCAAUAACAAGACUGGAUUCUUCACGACUGCUCCUAAAGUGGGCUUGAUUUCUACCAGAGCUGAAAGCCGAAAUCUUUUCACUUUCGUUCAUUCCUCGUGCAUCAAGCUCAAUUUCCCCUACUCUCCCUGGAACCAUGCCCUGUCGGCUCCUGGUUUGCAGCACCUGGCAGAUGGCUUGCGAGGUCUUAAAGCACAGUUCAUGCUUUUCCUAGGUGAUUUUGUCUACAUCGAUGUCCCAGGCGGCAGCGGCUUCAAGCUCGAAGACUACCGACGCCAGUACAGACAGGUCUACUCCAGCCCAGAAUGGCCAGCAGCCUCACAAGAACUACCUUGGAUCCAUGUCUACGAUGAUCAUGAAAUCAGUAAUGACUGGGAUCGCAAUACCACAGGUGUCUUUGCUGCUGCCAACGAUCCUUAUAAGCACUACCACGUGGCCGCCAACCCUCCGGCACAUCGCAAUGGCGAAACAUACUUCUCGUUCACUCAGGGUCCCGCGUCUUUCUUCAUGCUCGACACCCGCCGCUAUCGUUCCCCCAACGACGGCACCAAUGGCUCGGAUCCAGUCACGGGUGAAGCAACAAAGACCAUGCUUGGUGAACAACAACUGAGCGAUUUGCUCGCUUGGCUCAAGAAGCCCGAAACAAACGGCGUUCGAUGGAAAGUCGUCGUCAGCUCUGUGCCCUUUACCAAGAACUGGUGGUUUGGAGCUCAAGACACCUGGAGAGGAUACCUGGGAGAACGACAAAUCAUCCUCGAAGCAAUGUGGGACGUAGGACUUCGCGGCGGCGUUGGAGUCAUCGUGCUGUCUGGAGAUAGACACGAGUUUGCUGCUACAGCUUUCCCACCUCCACCUGAAGGCAAGGAAGAGAUCACAGGACUCGGUCAUUUAGGUCUCGGUGCCAAUCCCCUCACCUACCAUCGUAAUGUUGCAAAUCUCCCUGCCGACGAGAGGGCUGCACUUCAUACGCGAACGAAGAAGUGGCCCCUCAGUGCCACGGUGCAUGAGUUCAGUGUUUCUCCGCUUAAUAUGUUCUACCUCCCAAUCCGUACUUAUUCAGAGUCCUCCACCGACGAUGGCGAUAGCACUGAUGUCUGCAUCAAGUACUUGCCAGACGGGAACAGCAAAUUUGGGGCCAUCAGUAUUGCGAACCCGCCAAACUCGGAUCAGUCAAUUCUGACUUAUCGACUUUUUGUCGCUGGAGUGGAGACCUGGAGCUACACGUUGACCACACCGCCUGAUGUCAGAGGCGGUAGCAGAAGCAAGGACGCCAUUUGGGGCUAG